AACACCGGAAGUACUUCAUUCAAGCGUCACCGCGAAUUAAAUCGUAGUGGCGAAACGUUAGCACACUGUAAUUGCCUUCCUCUCUACAAAUUAUAACGCGCUUUCUCUGAAACCAUGGUCGCUAGCUAGCUCUGCACGCCGACUCCUGCGCAUUUUCUUUUGAUUUGUGCAUUUAACUCCGCAGAAAGAUGAGCAGUGAAGCCAAUAAAGAAUUUGAGGAGCAGCUGAGAAUGCAGCAACUCUACAGCCGAAGAAACAAUGAUGGUUCCGACCCGUACACCUAUACUGACCCAAACGAUGGCACUGUGUAUGACUGGGACCAUGAGAAGAAGGCCUGGUUCCCCAAAAUUACAGAGGACUUUAUGGCAGCCUACCAGGCCAAUUAUGGCUUUACUCAUGAGGGUGACCCAGAUGCCAGCAGUGCUCAGCCUGUCGCCACGGCAACAGAGAGCCAGCCUCCAGCUAAGGAGAAACCAGGAGGAGGAGGAGACCUAAUCCCAGGCCACCAUGAGAGUCCAGCUAAAGAUGGCAAACAGAAAGCAGAAAAGAGGAAAGCUGAUCCAGGAUGGUUUGAUAUAGAGGACAACAAGAACACAAACGUAUAUGUGUCAGGCCUCCCCCCUGACACCAGCACUGAGGAGUUUGUGGAGCUCAUGUCCAAGUGUGGCAUUGUGAUGCGGGACCCCAUUACGGAGGAGUUCAAGGUCAAACUGUACAAGGACAAAGAAGGCAACCUGAAGGGAGACGGACUCUGCUGCUACCUCAAGAGGGAGUCUGUGGAAUUGGCCAUGCGUCUAAUUGACGAAUCAGAGGUCAGAGGUUACAGGCUCCACGUGGAAGUGGCACGCUUUGAGCUGAAAGGACAAUAUGACGCCAGCAAGAAGAAGAAAAAGAACAAAGAGUAUCGCAAGAAGCUGCAGCAGCAACAAAAACAGUUGGACUGGAGACCUGAGAAGCAAGGGGACGCCAGGAAGAGACAUGAGAAGGUGGUCAUCAUCAGGAACAUGUUUCAUCCCAGUGACUUUGAGGAGGAUCCGCUGGUUCUGAACGAGUACCGUGACGAUCUGCGAUCGGAAUGUGAGAAGUUUGGCGAGGUCAAGAAGGUCAUUCUCUUUGAUAGACAUCCUGACGGCGUGGCCUCGGUGGCUUUCAAGGAGCAGGAGCCAGCGGAUGCCUGCAUCCAGUCCUUCAAUGGACGCUGGUUUGGAGGACGCCAACUGUCAGCGCAACUUUGGGACGGAGCCACUGACUAUCAGGUGGAGGAGACGACCCGCGAGCGUGAGGAGCGGCUGAAGGGGUGGUCGUCUUUCCUGGAGGGUCCACAGACUGCCUCUAAGCAGCCAGCAGAGGGCACCACAGCAGCGUCCAGCAGCAAGGAGCCCUCAAGGGAAGCAGAAACAGAAGCACAGGCAUCACAGCAUCCUGGGAAGAACGACGAAGCGGGCUCCACUGACAGCAGCCUGGAAGGAAGUGACAAUGAGGACGCAUAAGACGCUGACCAGAUGCUCUGGGGACGCCACGGCAACUAUGUCAAGACUGAAGUGAGGCAAAGCUUCAGAGGUUUGUAGAAGAAUUAAAUAGUGACGGUCUACAGUUUGUUUUGACCUUUUAUUAUUUGACAUUAUCAGCUGACUUAAAGUCCGCUUUUAAGAACCAGAACCACGUGAGGGAUUCUUUCUAACUGGGCUUUGCUGAGCUAAUGAAUAUGUAAUUCGCUGUGGAUUAUUGAUGUCUUGGCUCUCUAACGAGGUCUCAAUAUGUCUCGUGUCAUCAAAGCGGAAGAGGGGA